AUGUCGGGUGAUAGCAGCAGCAGUGACGACUACGGUGACGUUGAUUUACCACAAGAGCUUCUGCAGGCUAUUGGCCAGGAUGCUGAGGCGGCGGACCCGCUAGAGCAGGCUGAAUUCGACGUGGUGCGGUAUGUUAAUGAUUUAUUCCCGGACGAGGAGAGUCUGCAAGAUGUGGAUGCAAGGUUGGCAAGCAUUGAGUCUGAGAUAGCCGAGCUGGACGAGCAGAUAGACCGCGGCGUUCGGGACUACGCGCAGAGGGUUGUUGAUGGUGACGCGGAAAAGGCGUUGAAAAAUGCUACGGAAGGAAUAGCAGAACUCAACAAUAAGAUAGGGUCGAUCCAUACCCGAGCUAAAGAGUCGGAAGAGUUGGUGCAGUCGGUGUCGGGUGAUAUCGCGGCUCUGGAUGUCGCGAAGAGGCACAUCACAGCGACGGUGACGGCAUUGAAGCGAUUGGUUAUGUUGGUUAGCGCGACGGAACAGCUCACUGCGUUCGCGGCGGAGAAACGGUUCGCGCAGGUCGACGAGCUGUUGAAUCAUAAAGAUCGCUUGUUGGAAGACCUCAAGGCAGAGUGUCUAGAGGACAUUGAGGGUAAACUGUUCACGCCUGGGUACGACGCGGAGGGGAAGGUCGAUGCAAAGGCGGCAUGCGAGACCGCGGCGGCUAUCGGCAAGGAAGUGAAAGAUGAUGUCAUCAGCAUUGAUAUGAAGAACAUAUUUGCCGACUAG